AUGACGACGUCGACCAUCACCGUGUCCACUCAAAAGACGGUCACUGUCACCGCGCCGCCCGUCACGCUGACCGAGUACAACAAUGUCACCAUCAUCCAGAACGCCACCAACUACGUCUCUGUGACGACUACUCCGCCUGCCGUCACGGUGGUAGAUGUCUUGACGACAACGAAUAAACUGACUGAAUGGGAGGAGACUUCGAUUCCGUCGGCCCCUGCAACGCCAACGAGCAACAGUCCCGCCACCACCAUUACUGCCACUACCAGAAGCGGCGAUGUUCGUCCCAAGACCCAACCGUCGGCCCCUGCAACGCCAACGAGCAACAGUCCCGCCACCACCACUACUGCCACUACCAGAAGCGGCGAUGUUCGUCCCAAGACCCAAUCGUCGGCGGACAGUGAAGUCACAACGACGUCGCGUCCCUCUUGGACGGACAGUAGCGGCUUGCAGCCCGCUGAGGCGACAGGGGCGGCCUAUUCUCGGACGGAGUCGCUCUCGACAGAAGACCAUUCUACAUCUGCCGAAACAACAGGUCAAAAGCCGCAGUUUGGUCCAGAAGUCCACGCUACAGAAAGCAGGGAUACGCCUCCGGCGACCACCAACACUUCGCCACCUUCAUCUACCUCCACCAACACUGAGAUUAUCAGUAGUUCAUCUACCUCCACCCACUCAGAGACUAGUCUGAUUCCGACCACCAACGCCACUGGAGGCACUGUAGCUAGCUCGGCCGUCGCCGCCUCGUUCUGUGCGCUUCUCGUCGCCGUCUUGUUUGUGAUCGGUCUAGUUUAG